UUUGCAUUUGCAGCUCGGCCAGUCUCUGGUCGCAGCGGUUGAAGAACCGGCGAUCGGAGGAGAUCCUCCGGCCGGUUGUGCUCUUCUGAUGGAAACUGGAGGCAGCAGCGAGAGCUCGGUGGAGCCAAAGAAGGGCAAAUCGAAGACCAGGAGGAAGCCCAAGGAGAGCGUGCUCAAGCAGAAGUCUCCGGCUGAAUUCUUCGCGGAGAAUAAGAACAUUGCCGGUUUUGAUAAUCCUGGGAAAUGCCUGUACACCACCGUGAGGGAGCUUGUCGAAAAUGCUCUCGAUUCGGCUGAGUCCAUUUCUGAGCUUCCAGUGGUAGAAAUAACAAUUGAAGAGAUAGAGAGGAGUGAGUUCAACUCCAUGAUUGGUCUUGUCGAUCGAGAACGUGUUGAUGAGGCAUUGUAUGACGAUUAUGAGUCGGCUAAGGCUCGUGAGAAACGAUUAGCUAAGGAAGCUCGAAAUCAGGAGAUUCAAGCAAAGAACGCUCUCCUUGGGAAGAAAACUAAAGAGCCUACACCUGUAAAAGGAAUAAAGGGUCGAGGUGAGGCAUCAUUUUACAGGGUGACUUGCAAGGAUAAUGGAAAAGGGAUGCCCCAUGAUGACAUUCCAAAUAUGUUUGGAAGAGUGUUGUCAGGAACAAAAUAUGGCUUGAAGCAGACGCGUGGCAAAUUUGGUCUUGGUGCAAAGAUGGCAUUGAUUUGGUCCAAGAUGAGUACAGGACUCCCCAUAGAGAUUUCAUCAUCGAUGAAAGCCCAAAACUAUAUAUCAUUCUGCAGGCUUGAUAUCGAUAUUCAUCGGAACAUACCUCACAUUCAUUUACAUGAGAAACAAGAAAAUAAGGAAAGGUGGCAUGGCGCUAAAAUUCAAGUUGUAAUCGAGGGAAACUGGACUACUUACCGUGCAAAGAUAUUGCAUUAUAUGCGACAGAUGGCUGUCAUCACCCCUUAUGCACAAUUACUUUUCAAAUUUAUUUCAGAUGCAUCUGAUAAAAAUAUGACCAUAAAAUUUGCACGGAGAACAGAUUCUAUGCCUCCUGUUCCGCUUGAGACGAAACAUCAUCCAUCAUCUGUAGAUUUGCUCCUCAUUAAGCGCCUCAUAGCAGAGACUUCUAAACAGAACCUUCUUCAGUUUCUUCAGCAUGAAUUUGUUAAUAUUGGAAAAUCUUAUGCAGAACGGUUGAUAGGAGAAAUGGGUCCUGACUUUAGCCCAAAAAUGGCUGUUAAGUCUUUAACUGAUCAGCAAAUAGUUCGUAUUCAUCAGUUAUUCCGACAAGCAAAGUUUGAUGAUCCUAGUGGUAAGUGUCUUAGUCCUGCUGGAGAGUAUAAUCUACGUCUUGGAAUAAUAAAGGAACUACACCCAGACUUGGUUUCUACUUAUUCUGGCAGUGCGCAAGUAUUUGAAGGCCACCCAUUUAUUGUAGAAGCUGGCGUCAGUAUUGGGGGAAAAGAUGUCAAACUUGGGAUAAAUAUAUUUCGGUUUGCAAACCGAAUUCCUCUCCUUUUCGAGCAAGGAGCUGAUGUUGUCACCAGGACCGCUAUUAAGAGAAUCAACUGGAGUAGUUACAAGAUCAGCCAGUGGCAAGAUAAAAUUGGGGUCUUUGUGAGCGUUGUAAGUACUAAGAUCCCAUUUAAAGGAACAGGAAAGGAGUAUAUCGGAGAUGACAUAAGUGAAAUAGCUUCUGCUGUCAAGUCUGCCAUCCAGCAGUGCUGCACCCAGCUUAAGACUAAAAUUGUGAAGAAAAUCCAAGCCCGUGAGCAACAGGAAAGAAAACGAAGGUUAAGCUGGUACAUUCCCAGUUAUAGUGGUGCCAUAUAUGAUGGUUUGAAAGAAAUGGCAGAAUUACAUGGUUCGAAGAAGAGACGAUAUGAAGGUGAGGAUGCAGAGCUUCUAAGCAAAGUGUCGACUCGUCUGAUUACGAAAGAUACCUUCAGGCAAAAACUUGCUCAGCAUGUGGAACAGGUGGACUACGAAAUGGCAUUAGAAUAUGCCACGCAGAGUGGUGUGAGCGAAGAGCCCAGAGAGGAUAUAUUCAUACAACCACUGGAAGCCAAGUACAACUUCAUCGGCUGUAUGAGCCCAAACAUUGGCUUCAGGCUAAUCUCGUAGGGACCUCAUCAUCUUUUGUAUCCUUGUAAGCUCAGCCAAUUUGAUUUAAUAUCCAUUUCCUGGGUUGUUAAGCCAAUUACAGUGUAUUACAAUAUAACAACCAAAAAUAUUCAAUAUUAUUUCCCGAGUUGUUUCAAGGAACAGACUUUCAAAAAGAAUGUAGAUCGUAUAUUAUCAGUUUCUAUAUACUUAAUAAUGCCAGAUACUUGUACUUGCUGACCAUGGACAGAAACAGAAGAUGCACUUCUGUGGGUAAAUUUUACGUUCAGUUAAUCAGGAUUUUGCCAAAA